GCUAUUAUUGUUUUGAGGGAAGAGUUGGACUAUUUUACUAUACCUCCAAAAUCUAAAAAAAAGGCUCCGUCUCCUUCUUCACCAGUAGAAAUUGACAAGGAUGCUGUCGAAAUGGAUACAGUUGAACCUGCGAUUAACAUUUAUGAAUUGAAAACUGAAUGUGGCACUUAUCUUCUUCAUCAGAGGAAGAUAUUUACCGCUUUACAACGUAAUGUUAAUAAGGAAAACAACGUAGCUGAACAGCAUUUGAUAGAUAUGUUAUGUGUUUCCGGUUUUUCAAGGGAUGAUGAAUGGGGUUAUCGUAAUAUUGAACCUCAUAAGACAAGUAUUGUAAGCAUUGCUCUUGUAAUAUUAAAGACAACGGGUCAGAGUAACCAAAUGGCUACUGCUCAAAAAUUGUUACUGUUUUGGAGGAAACCGGCGAGAAAAUGUUGGUGGGAUGGCUUGGAAGUUACAGUCGGUGAAGAUAAAGCCAUACCUGUUCGACUGUGGUGCAGGCGUACAUGGACUUUGGAGUUAGCUUUGGUUUAA